UUGGUUGGAAACCUCACCAAUUUGGGUGUCAUUAAUUAACACAAAAAGAGAGAAUAUGUCCAACUCUUCCCUCCCAUCUCUUCUUCUUUUGGUUCUUUUCAUCAUUUCAACCUCAGCCCAACCUUAUGAAAACUAUGAUGAUAAGCCAACCCUUUCCUCUAGAAGUGAGUCUGUCUACUCUCUCAAAGUCCCAACAUUGGAUGAAACCACCUUCGAUAAUCUCCUAUCCUUUGGUUACUACCGUAAAAGCUGUCCCAAAUUUGAAUCCAUUCUACACAACAAAGUGAAACAAUGGAUUCAAAAGGACUACACAUUAGCAGCUAGUCUCUUGAGACUCCACUUCCAUGAUUGCUCUGUCAGGGGAUGUGAUGGGUCCAUUCUGUUGAAGCAUGAUGGAAGUGAGAGGACAGCACAAGCUAGCAAGACACUAAGAGGGUUUGAAGUGGUGGAUGAUAUCAAGGCAGAGUUAGAGAAAGAAUGCCCCAAGACGGUGUCUUGUGCUGACAUUCUCACGGCUGCUGCAAGGGAUGCCACGGUUCAGUUAGGUGGGCCUUAUUGGGCCGUUCCUUAUGGUAGGAAAGAUGGGAAGCUUUCAAUUGCUAAGGAAGCUGAAAUGGUGCCUAUGGGCCAUGAGAACAUCACUUCCUUGAUUGAGUUUUACCAAUCCAGGGGUUUGACUGUGCUUGACUUGGUUGUUCUCUCAGGGGCUCAUACAAUUGGAAGGACUUCAUGUGGCUCCAUUCAAUAUAGGCUAUACAACUACCAAGGAACUGGAAAACCAGACCCAACCCUAGAUCCCAAAUAUGUUAACUUUUUGCAAAGAAAGUGCAGAUGGGCCUCAGAGUAUGUGGAUCUUGAUGCUACAACACCAAAGACCUUUGACAAUGUGUACUAUAUUAAUCUAAAGAAGAAAAUGGGGUUGUUAUCAACUGAUCAAUUGUUAUAUUCUGAUCAAAGAACUUCUCCUCUUGUUUCUGCAUUGGCCUCGUCGCGCACUAUCUUUGAGCACCAAUUUGCGGUGGCGAUGGGAAAGCUUGGCAUUGUUGAUGUUCUCACGGACCAAGAUGAAGGAGAAAUCAGGACCAACUGCAAUUUUGUCAAUGCUUAUUGAUUAAACUCUAUGUUUGCUUCAUCCAAUGAUUUUUAAUCUGUACUUUGCACAAUUGCAUUUGUUACUCCCCACUUUCUUCUUGAUGCUAAUGCUUUGCAAUUGUUGCAUCAAUUAAUCUGCACUUUUGCUUAUGUUAUCUUUUCUUUUUCUUCUCAUUGACUUU